GAUGGCGCGUGCAGACUUGUCGAAGCAGACACAGUUUAUGGAGGUGCUGAAGAAGGAGGUGAGAUCGCUGCUAAUAGCUGCCAAAGAUGGCUUAACCCCAGCACAACUGGAGCAGGAGUACAUGGCCAUGAUCGGCAAACCUCUCCCUCUGUGUGACCUGGGCUUCCAGUCCACCUUGGAACUGGUGGCAGAUAUGCCUGAAGUUGUCAGAAUCUGUCCUCAUAAGGAUGAUACUUUUAUCCUCAAAGCCAUUGCAGAUGAGACCACUAAAGUGAUUGCCAAACUGGUUGCCAGACAGAGGAGGUGUGCUAGGACACGGAAGAGUGCUGCUGCAAAGGCAGAUGGGGCACGGAAGAGUGCUGCUGCAAAGGCAGAUGCUGCUUCUCCCUCUAAGAAUCCACAGAGCUUGCCUCAGAGGUACAGGGCUCCCGUUCUGCCAGCCAUGGUGAAGGCUGAGCUGCAGGAUCUACUGAGUUCCUCACCACUUCUGCUCCUGGACUUUGAUAAGGCCUUCUUCAGACGCUUUGGCCGGGCGUUCCAGUAUACGCAAUAUGGGUUUUCUUCCAUGUUUGAAGUCCUUGGAAGCGUGUCUGACAUUAUUAUGGUUGAGCAGACAAGAGCAGGUUCCUUGCUGAUCCUGAAGAAAUACAUGGCAAGUGAGAUAGAGAAGGAAGAGUAUCCCAAAGCAGCACCACCUGCAGUUGAGAUGCCUCCUUUGGAACCCAGCUGUGAGACAGAGAGCUUCCACCUGGCAGCGGAAGAGAAGUCAGAGCCAGUGGAAACACAAACAGUAAAUUUGGGUGAUGGCCUCAAACAACCUCAAGAUUUGGAGCAGUCACUGUUAUACAAGUUGAUAAUGACUCCAGAAAUCCCCCCAGAUGCUGUUCAGGACAGAAGCCUUUGCAGUUUACCACCACUGGAGAAAAGGUGCAUGGUGGGCGUCUCUGUGGAAUUCAUCAUCUCUCCUAAUCAGUUCUACAUCCACAUCUGCAGCAGAGAAACAUCUGAUAAACUGCAGAAUAUGAUGAUUGAGAUGAGGCACUGUUACUCAAAUAAACUUGUUUCGGAUCGUUAUAUCAUGCCUGAGUCUUCAGUACAGCCUGGACAGCUUUGCUGUGUAAUGAUCUCAAAAUGGUGGUACCGUGUUAUCAUCCACCGUGUGAUCAAUGACCAAGAAGUAGAGGUGUUCUACCCAGAUUAUGGAAACCUCAAAAUUGUCCGGAAGUCUUGGCUGAGAUUCCUCAAGUGGUGCUACUUGAAGCUCCCUGCUCAGGCCAUCCCAUGUUCCUUGGCCUGGGUAAAACCUGUGGAGGGUACAUGGUCCAGUGCAGCAACUCUCCUCUUCAGGAAGCUGUGUGGCUCCAAGAUACUUGUAGGCAUUGUGGAUGAAUAUGUGAAUGGCAUUUUGCAUCUCUUCCUGUGCGACACAUCCACUGAGGAGGAUGUCUACUUCCACUAUGUCUUGAGGGAUGGGGGAUGCGCUGACAUCUGUGCAGAGAACACUCCUUCGCAGGGAUUUGAGGAACUGAAUCCUUCAGCCUUGUAUGUUCAGCCCAGUGGAAAGCAGGGGAUUGUUGAACUGGUGGAGCCAGGCCUUCGCUUACAGCGGGAAUCUCAAGGUGCAGAUAGUGAAACAGCAACCUCAAAGCAGGAUGGGGAUGAACUGUGUGACCAGCUGUCUGCUAAGAAGGAAACGUGGGAUGAUACACAGCCACUUUUGGAUGAAGUGAGUGUCCCAAGAGCAACAGAUCAAGACCCUGAACUUGUGCAGGAGGAUACAAGUGAAACUCCUACAGAAGUUAUGGCAGUGGUUAAGACACCUCAUUCUCUUGGAGAGUCCUCAAUGCCUGCUGUCUUAUCCAAGUCAGUGGAAGACACUUACACGUCCUUUAUGUACUCCAAGGAACCAGCAGAAAUGAGCCAAGAUGACCCUGAUCAGAUAGAAAGAUUUUCCAACAAGGCCCAACUUCCUGAAGCUGUACCUCCCUCUCUUCUACUUAUGGCAGUACCAUUUACGCUGGACAACCCUAACAAUGAAGAGAAAAUGAAGAACAAAGACCUUCCCGGGAGUCUGACAGUUGGCCCACGUGGUGCCAGCGGGCUGUCUGACCAAAGGCCAUCUCAGAAACUCUACAUCCCUCCUACCACACUGUCUGCGGUGUUAGCAGCUGCACGCUUAGCCACUUCCAGUGACUACUUCCAGUGGGUCCCCAGCCUGAGAAGGAAGGUGUGAGAAGAGGGGAGAAGCUGGAACAGCUGCCGAGGAAAGCUGUUUAGAGCAGCAAAGGCCCUCUGCACAAUCGUGCUGUCGUUUUCUUUGUUCGGAAACAUUUAAUCCCUUGAAAAACUUAGAAUCUGACAUCUUCUCAGAUGUCCCCAUUACAUGUGAUAAAUGUUUUUUAUUUUCAGGAAUAGUUUGGUUGUGUUGUACUGGCGUUGUCCUGAUUUAUUGCUCUUUAAUGUAAUGGUUCAGGAGAACAGCUAUGUGUCACACUGUGAGAUACAUAGAGAGAGAGAGAGAGAGAGAGAAAAUAUAUAUACCCAUUAAGUUUAGGAGAGGGAAACUGGCUAUCUGUUCUUCCUCCUUCAGUGCAUGAGCAGUUUUGAUACUGUGUGGGGAGGUGGUUUUGAACACAGUGGAUGCUCUACACAUGCUUUGCUGUUAGAAUCGGUGGUUGUAUACCAGCUCAGGCCUCAGUCCAUGGAGAUUCUGGUAACUUGCAAAAAGAAGCCUCCUUCCCCAAGAAGACGACGCUCUGAUUUGUUGGAGAAUUGGAUGGCACAUGCACGAAGCAUCGGGAAUCCUGCGUUACAGACAGUGAAUGAGAUCUGUAAAGAAUCCAGUGAGAUAAAGCUCGAAGCGUGAUGUUGGCUGUGUCUAUGCAGCUACUUGCCUGGGGCAAUAAAUCCUCCUGGGCUUGAGUUUGCUAAUGCAGAGAAAAGCUGUGAAAAUAGAAGUGCUCUGGGUAUGGAUGCUGACGUUCAACGUCUUUGCUGAUGAGUGCCAGCAUUCUGUCAUUCCAACUGUUCCUUGGGUCUUCAGGGGCUUCAAAGGCCACUCUGUGCCCCCCUGCAAACAUACCUAAGGUAUGCUUCACUGCAAACCACCAAGAAAAGCGUGAGGUAAGGCUUAAUGUUAAUAUUGGAAUGGAUAAAAGCCCAGCC